AUGAGUUACCAGAGCUUAGGGGAUAACAACUCAGGCGGCUACGGCCAGUACAACCCGUACGGAAGUCAGCAACAGAGCAAUCCCUAUGGGGGCCAGGAACAGCAGGGCUAUGGAUAUGGCGCUGGCUACAACCAGGCUGGUGCCGCAGAGCAAGGAAAUGGUGGCUAUGAAAUGUCCAACGUCAACCAGGCCUCAUCUGGUGGACCCACUGCGAUUCUGAACAAGUGCAAGGAGAUGAACGAGGGCAUCGCCGAGCUGACCAAGAAGCGCGAGACCCAGUUGGUCGCCGCCCAAAAGGCUCUUUUGGACUCAAGCACCGGCAAGGAAGACCAGGCCUCCCGCCAAACACUCGACUACAUUGAGGAUGAGAUCAACACUGCGCUGCGCUACCUGCGCGAUCAGUUCAAGCGCAUCAAGGAAACCCCCGGAUCCGGUGACUCGCGCGUGCAGGGCCAGGUCGAGAACGUCAGCCGCAACCUGCGUCGUGAGAUUGAGCAGUACCAGCGCGCACAGAGUGACUUCCAGAAGCGCCUGGAGGAGCAAGUGCGCCGCCGAUACGAGAUUGCCAACCCAGAAGCUACCCCCGAGGAGUUGGAGCAGGGUGUGCAGAAUGUCCUCAUGGGACAGGAACAGAGCUUUGUUGUUCCCGGUACUCGCACUCGCCAGGCCAACGAUGCCCGUCAGGCUACUCUGCAGCGUUCCGCCGCCAUCCGAAAGAUCGAGCAGGAUUUGAUUGAACUGAGCCACCUGUACAAUGAGGUCGCAGAGCUGGUGCACCAGCAGGAGCCUGCAGUUCAGCAGAUUCAACAGGGAGCUGAGGAGACACACCGCAACGUCGAGCAGGCCAACACCAAGUUGGACACUGCUAUUCAGAGUGCAAAGAACGCUCGGCGCUGGAAGUGGUAUGCACUGAUUAUCAUCCUCAUUAUUAUUGGUAUCGUCGUCGGUGUGGCCGUCGGUGUCACCAACGCCAACAAGAAGUAG